AUGUCCGUGGAAAAGAUGCCGGUUGAUGGAAAGGAUGGCGAUCUCGAUUCGCCUGGCUCCGGAUAUGCGAGCUCACAUCUAAUGGUAGACCCGGCGGCUGAGGCGAAGCUUCUCAGGAAACUCGACUGUUGGCUUGCACCGAUGAUGAUCAUUGCUUUCCUCGUCGCCUACUUGGAUCGUAGCAACAUUGGCAACGCAGCAAUUGCCGGCAUGAACGAAGACCUCGACCUGACAGGCAACAGACUCAACGUCGCAGUAACAGUCUUCUACGUAACCUACAUUGUCUUCGAAAUCCCCGCCUCCCUGGUCCUUAAGAAAGCCCGCCCAUCCCGUCUCAUCCCAUUUUUCAUCCUCUCCUGGUCCGCCACAGUCAUUGGCUCCGCCUUCGUCACGAACUAUGCCGGCCUCCUCGCGACCCGCCUCCUCAUCGGCAUGUUUGAGUCUGGCCUGUUUCCCUGCUUGACGCUCUACCUCAGCACAUACUACAAACGAGAAGAACAAGCCCGCCGCAUCUCUUGCCUCUUCGUCGCCGCAGCUCUGUCCGGCGCGUUUGGCGGCCUACUGGCAUACGGUCUGACAAAUCUGCACGGCGCGAGUGGUUUGGCGGGUUGGAGAUGGCUGUUCCUUGUCGAGGGUGUAAUUUCUUUCGCCGUAGGACUCGCGUUUAUCUUUUUGCUGCCGGAUAGCUUCGAGAGUGCGAGGUGGCUUACGGAGCAGGACAAGGCGCUCAUGAGGAUACGUGCCGAGCAGGCCAGAGUCUAUCAGGGCGAAUCGGAGGAUUUUGACAAGACGGAGGUGAAGCUUGCGUUCCAGGACCCCAAGGUUUGGCUGUCUGCUGUCUGCCAGUUUUGCGCCAACACCUGUUCCUUUGGGUUUGGGACUUUCUUGCCCGUGAUCAUCCGUGGCUUCGGAUACAGCAGCAUCAAGACGCAGUUGCUCACUGUGCCGGUCUACAUCUGGGCCUCGGCGGUCUAUCUCAUCGUCGCAUACAUUUCGGACAAGAUCAACAAACGUGCGGUGUUCAUGGUUCCCAUGGCACUCGUCACUGCUACGGGCUACGCGCUGAUGCUGGGAGUGAGCAUGAAGACGACUGGGGUGCAGUACUUUGCGACAUUUGUUACUGCAACGGGGAUCUACUGUGUGGUUGGACUGAACGUCACCUGGGUUACCAACAGCAACGCUGGGUACUUCAAGCGCGCCACGGCGAUUGGGUUGCAGCAGACAAUCGGGAAUAGUGCUGGUCUCAUGGCUGGGCAGAUCUACCGUAUCACGGCUUCGGAUGGUCGGUAUACAAUCGGCCAUGCCGUGUCAUUGGGUACUAUCACCAUGGCUUCGGUGGGAUACUUCAUCAUGUGGACGACUCUGAAUGGAAUCAACCACAAGAGGCAAGCCAUGAGCAUCGAUGAGAGAGUGAGGGAGAUUGACCAGGGCAAGAAGGGUGACCGACACCCCGACUUCCGUUACACCCUAUAA